CAGAACUAUUUUCCAUUAUUUAAAAUAAUUUGAAAUACUCCACAGUACAGACACAUAUGACACACCAUACAUGUUAAAUUACAAAACAAGAGAUAAAUACACACGGCCAUGCAGUACCAGUAACACACAACUUUUAACUUGAACUUAGAUUACUCUCCGAGCGCAAAGGCAGGGGCAUCGAAGGUGUCAGACAGCACUACACCACAACACUAAAACAACAAUGGACGUCGGUUGCUAAUGAUACAAAUUUGCAUUGAACGAUCCGUUGUUAAAGGUUCGCCUCGGAUGCUCCGUUGCUGAAAUUCAAUACUUCGAUGGAUGGGCCGUUGCUAUAAGUAUUUUCAUUUUGCGUUGAAUCCUCCGUUGCUAUAUAUCACGAAUAGAGAUGGAUGGUCCGUUGCUGAAUAAAAUUAUCCCAAUGGCGCCAUUUUCGGCCCGUCCCGCGAAAAUUUUGGCAAAAAAAACCCUAAGUCACCAAAAGGAAGACCGCUGCUCCAAACGAGUUGCAGUUUCACGCCCCCAAGCCUCCUGCCCGCGCCUCCACACUGCAGCACGCCCAGACGCUCGCCUCCAGACCGCCGCCCCACCCGCCGCCCGCUCGCCGCGCCUCCACACCGCUUCCCCCGCUGACGGCCGCCUGCACACGCCGCCCCUGCCGAGUCCCGCCCGCCCGUGCUGCCACACCGCCGGAAUUCUCAGUCCUCGGAGGUCUUCGCCGGCUGGCGAGCUCGUCACCCCAGUCGACACCGGCCGGCCGCCCGCCCGCCUCCACUCCCCGGCCCCGGCUGGAUCUCCGGCCCUGGACGCUACUUGCCCCAGAGGUCCGCCCCACGGCAUCGAUCCAGGCUGGCCGCCCGCCCUAGGACAGCCCGUGUGGCUCUGUUCUUGCAGGUUCGAUUGAUUUGCGUCACCAAAUUUCUGCUCCGCAAGAUCCCACAGCCAAAGGUGUGCAAAUCCAGGAAAAUAAAUUCAUUAUUGUGGGUACAUCUGUAUUCCAGAAGUUGUAGUUGUAGGUGAAAAACUAAAUGUUGGUGGGUUGUAUUCCUGAUUGUUCUCUUGUGCAUCAGUAACAUAUAUUGAAGAGAUUAUUGAAGAGUAAAGGAGGUGGUGAAUAUCUUCCAAGCUUUUCUAAAUUUCCAGAACAAUCUAGCAGCCGACCUUCAUUGCUAAGAAGUUGACAGUUGAAGGAGCUUUUGUGAAUCGAAACGAUUUGAUAUAGAUGAUGCAGCCUUGGAAUGGGUUAUGGCUAGUGCUGGAGCAAAAUGGAAGCAGUACAAGGCAAAACUUAAGCGACAAAUUUUUGAUGAAACAUUGACUGACGAGCAAUUGAAGAACCUGCAUGGUCAUAGAAUUGAUGUUCAUGAAUUGGAUUCUCUUAUCAAAUAUUGGAGGUCUCCUGAGUCUCAAGCUCUGGCGGCUAGAGGAAAAAACAAUCGUGCGAAGCUGAAGUUUCUUCAUACAUCGGGUAGUGUGAGCUAUGCUUCAGCUGCACAUAAAAUGGGUCAGCAACUUGGGCGCCCUCCUCGAAGAGAUGAAGUCUAUAUAAAAACACAUACUAGAAAAAAUGGAGUUCCUUUAAUGCCAGCAGCAUCAACAAUUGCUGAUCUGCAAGAAGUUGUUAAAGUCUAUCCGGAGUUGAUGGACAGGACAAUUCAGCAAGGUGAUAUUUUUGCUGUUGUUUGUGGAGAAAAGGAGCCAAGGGGGCGAGUCCGUUGUUUGGGUCUAGGACCAACUCCUCAGGACAUUGGUACCCCAGGACUGAAGGCGUACUCAUCGACAAAGCUUCAAAUACAAGUUCUGGCACGUCAACAGGCUGAAAGUGAAAAUCUAGUGCUUCAACAAAGAAUCUUAGAAAUGCAAGAAAGGGAGGAGCAGAGCAUGGCACGAGAAUCUCCAAAUGUUGAAACAAACUCACACAAUGGUUCUAACUCAAGAAAGCACAUGAGCCCACCGUAUGAGAAACAUGCUGAGGCCAAUCAGCAUGUUCAGGGUGAAGAAGAUCAUGACUGUGUAGGUGAUGACUAUGUAGAGAAUGAGGAACUUGAUGAUGAGGCCAAUCAGCAGGUUCCAGUCUCCAGCAGCUCAACAGACUUCUUCCUGCAUGCGGCGUCUCCGGCGAUGACCUCUGCACCGGCACGGUGGCUCUCGAUAUCCUGGGACGCCAUGACUUACAAAUGGAGCUGUGUGUGUAGCGCCUAGAAAGAGACUAUACGUAAACUGUAUGUAGCUGGCAGCUCUUGAGAGCGAUGAAGUGUUUGUGUGAUUGGAGAUGGAGGAA